AUGUGUUUAUAUAUAGGUUUAUAUACUUGUAUUUAAAAAUAUAUUAUAGGCACAUAUUUUCUUUCAGGGUGGCAGACUCACACCAAAAAGGGCAUAUCGUCAGCUGGCUACAAUUGAGCACAUCUUUCCUACCAAGAUCUGCCUGUUAUCCCUAUCACGGGUAUCCCCUGCCUCCUUCUUUUCUUAAAGUCAUAGUACCAAAAAAAAAAAAAAAGAUAAAAAGAAGGUUUUUUUAUUGGAGCAAUAUGGCAGACAAAACUGAAGAGCCCAGGAUACCCAAAUCCUCAGCUCAAUCACGUAAGACCAAUCAGGUCUCUUAUUUGGCUUGUACUGCGUGUAAGACCAAAUUUCACACAGCUUCUGCUGAGUCGGUGUGUGCAGACUGUAGCCCCAAGACCCUACCCUCCUCUGGCACUACAGAAUCUGAUUUAGUUAGGGCCUUGUCCCUCUCACUCGCAGGCAUCCAAAAUUUGGCCCGCAUACCCGAGACUUUAGACAGGGUUCUCGAACGCCUCUCUCAGCCUACUGCUCCUGACUGUAGACCUUCAGGCUCUAAACGUCACACAACCUCCCCUCCUGACUCUCCAAGGGAAGCUAUGUCCCCUUCCGAUGAGGACGGACAACUACAGUCCGAGGGAGAUUCUGACCAGGACCUUGAUCCUGAACAAGAUAUGCCUAGAACACAAAAGGAGGUGGAAGGCCUCAUACAGGCGGUACUUUCUACCCUUAACAUUGAAGAUACCGUUUCCACUGCUGAACCCACCAAGAAUAUCUUCAAAAGACAAAAGAAGAGUUCAUCCAUAUUUCCAGCAUAUGAGCAAUUAGAAGAGAUUAUCAAGUCUCAAUGGAAGACUCCUGACCACAGGAUUCAAAUUUCUAGACGUUUUUCUCAAACUUACCCUUUCCCCCAGGAGUGCACGGAGCUAUGGGCAUCACCUCCAAUGGUGGACCCACCUGUUUCGAGACUGUCUAGGAAUACUACCAUUCCUGUAAGUUUAAGGACCCUAUUGAUAAACGCCUAG